AUGGGGCAUCUGACGAGAGCAGCUCUAACUGACUUGCCUGAUCUCGUGAUCGAUUUCGCACAACUCACAGAUCCGUUUCUGCCACUAUCUCUGAUGCUGGGUUCGAGCGAGAAUCCGAAACGUCAGGUGAAUAAGGCUCUUGUUACAGCGAUCGCUUCUACUUCCAACCAACUAGUUCCUGGAACUCGCAUCUUCGCCUGUAUCAGCUUAAUCGUCGGCGAAAAGUUUCCCUUUAAUGACCCGCCCCAAGUCUUCGUGCCGAAGGUGAAUGUGCGGUUAGCAUGUCUCGAGGUUCAGAAAACACGGCUUUAGAUGUCCUUUUGAGGUCACGGUUUUGACUCCAAAUAGUCAGCCCUCGGGAUGGUGUCAUGUUCCCUGUUAGAGAAGGUGCUAAUUCUUUCGACGAAAAAGUCGAUUUCCACGGGCUAAUUUCAAAACGUACAGAAUAGUGUUUUCGGUUAGGCCGUCUGACUGUUUUUUCUGGGUUUCAGUCCGAAAAGAAGGAAUAUGAAUUCCUUUCUGACUCUUCCGACUUUUAAUAAAGUUAUUUUAUUUUUAGAUAACAGAGAUCACCCCCGCUCAGCAUCGACUGGAAGUGAACGAACUCUUCCUCACCGAUUCUUCCGAACUACUAGUGGAAGCGGUGAACCCCUUCGGCAGGGCAGUUACCAAGGCAACACUAGUUGUUACACCAGGUAUAUGAGGCCCAGAUGGUUAUACAUAUAUGUAUUUUUUCGGUUCCUAAAAUAGCACUUUUCAACUAGACAGUGCAAAACUGGGAAGUCGUGUGAAGAUGAUCUAAGUUACUGACUGUCCGAAAAAGCGCUGGCAACUUUGCAGCCAAAACUUGGGAUAUAAAAUAUAUGAAAUUCUUAAUAUCUCUUGCAUCAACUGGAAGAAGUGAUAUUCAGACUUUCUACUGAAGAAAUUUACACUACACUACCAAAGUUGUAUAAGCAAGAACAAGCAAAUGCUCAAAUAAUGCGUAUGGUUAGAGUUUCUAUUCCAUACCUUCCUUAAUCUAAGAUGUUUGGGUAAAUGUUUUGUUCACAGCUAGGGACACUGUCACAGAAAGUUGUUUUUUUGAAAAUGACUCUACGAAACCCAGUUGCCUUCUCGCUGUGCACUGAAUCAUAAAGCUGCCUGUGUUCUGACCUCCCCUUGAUUUUUUUUUGGAGAUUUUGAAAGACUUACCAACUUAUUAGACAUCUCUCGCAGAAAUGAAGGAGGAUUUGUCGAAGUGUUUUCGUGGAAAAUGUUUGCUGUGAGGUUUAAAAACGUCAAGAAUGUAAUAAAAUACGGAGCCUAUAACAAAAAGCACGUGUCGAACGUAUUUAACGCGUAUUUUUCUGCAAGAAACGGCAUUUUUGUUGAAGAUUUCUACCUGCUGAGUAGUCGCACCGAGCGAUGAAGAACGCUGUUUGCCAUGGAAGUGGGCGGCAUCGAACUGCGUGGAAAGCGAUACAAGACCACUUUUUGCAAGAACCAGUUAGGCUCUCAGAACCGAUUACACGGCCACGAAAGCGUUCUGAUGGACACUCUUUUCCACGCAUGAUUGGUCAUGACUACGAGGUCGACACACCUUAGGAAGGUUGGAGUAGCUCGUAAGGGGAAGGUGGGGUGAAGGAGAUAGUGCGGUAGAUGCUGUGCAAGUCUACUAUCACUAUUAACCAACUCAUGCACAAGUUCCCGUGCCUGGUGCACCUUGCUGUGGAGCCCACGGUGGACAUCGUCAGCGACGAUGAUCGAUCUGCUGUGUGUUUGUGUGACUGUUAAAACGAUUAGUGCACCCCAAAGGGAUACUUUUUCUGUGUUUUUUCAUUACUUCGCAUUUGACUUAUCGUUUUCCCCUUUACUUCUCCCUCAAGAUGAACGGAAGAGGACAGAACCGCCGGUCUUUGUGAAAUCACCGCCUCCACAAUUCAACGCUCCCGAGACAUCAACUGUGAGGUAAGACUACGCGGUGUCUAUGGGCCACUUGGGAGGGUCGUUCAGUGAUCUGACCUACUUGUAGGGCUGGAUGCAGGCAUUCCAUUCUGACUGGGAAGUCUUAGGUCUAGAACUCUGGUAGAUCAUUUGACACGACUAGCAACCUGGUAACCAAGAGAUAGUACCGAUAAUGAUCGAGGGAGCACUCCUUCCCGGCCGCCUGCAACACUGCAUUCGCAAACAUGACUACUUGAGUAGUGUGAUUUUUUCAUUGAUUUUCUAUGCCCUAGUAGACCCAAAUAUAUUUCAGAGAGAGUGUGCACAAAAGUGUUCUUCUUUGUGCAUAUUUGUUAGCAUAUUGCGCCUUAUUCACAUUUCAUAUCCAGAAGAAGGUGUCCUACGUUUUUUGAAAAGCUUUUAAUUCCAGAAUAAUCUGGAAUUCGACUCGUCGUUGCACUUACGUUUAUAGUUUGCAAAUUACCUGUCGCACAUUUUCUCUAUAAGGAGAACCCUUUAAACCAUACAGAGCUCAUGGAAGUUUGCAGUGGAUGCAUGUAAUAUUUAAUACUUCAUGAGGCACGCUAAUAAACAAACAGGUAAAAUGCAGUCUGGAACAGCACUGCAUAAUUACUAAACUUUUCGUCAAAGAAUAUCCCUUUUUCGAGUGUAAAAUCCGAGGAGAAUACGUGAUUAACGACCAAAUGAGUCAACGAAGGGCUUUUUAAACAUCUUUUUCAUAAAAUGUAUCUGGAUUUUUAAGGGUGCCAGAAAUCAGUGGGCAACAUUCAUAUUAAUUCAGAUAUCAUUUUUAACGCGUGCGGAUUUCUUUAGGCGGCUGGAAAGGGAUGCCAUCGAAAACCGACAUUCCGACGUAACUGAACCGCCUUGGGGAUUAUGCGACACGAAUAAUGGUCUCUACUUGAAUUUCGGCGCUUUCUGCAUCUAGAACGCGGUACUGAUUCAUAUUGCGUAAGGUAUUAUGUAGGGGAGACAGAAAACCCGUUGUAGACAGGGCACGUGCCGAACAUAAGACGCAACGCACGUAGAGAGACUCAAUGGUCACGGCGAACUCGUCGCAUAGGGGAAAUGUCAUAGGCUGAAGAGUGGCCAAUCAGCACACGCAUCGAUGACCUUGACCGUUCAUUUGUCGCGCGCAUGCGGUGUGAUGUCUGAACAGUAUGGACAGCAUCCAGUGAAAAGUGAUCACUCAACGUCGGAGAUCAGCAUCAUAUGCCCCAGAAAGAUAUGACUUUGCCGGUCAGUCCAACAAAACGGUAUUCGCAUCCCUCCGCAUGGUCUGAAUGGCCGCGGUGAUUUAUCGAACACUUUGUAAACGGUUCCGUCGAGUCCGAGCGCUGACUCUUCAGUGGAUAAAGGAAAAGUUGCUAACUUAUAUAAUACUUACGGAAGUUCUGCUGUACAGUCUUGUGGCCAGAAUUCGAACAGUCUGGAUUUGUUACACCUCUCUUAACGUUUGAAUUAUUACUGGAGCAUUGUACAGGGUCUUCGCUGUCCGUGAUGCUCGCGGUCUGACUCCUAGCUGAAAGCGAAAAGACCAUGAUUUUCGUUUUUUUAAAAUCUCUUGCUGAAAUUUCCACAAUCAAGGAUGCACUGCUGUUGACCUCAUAAAGCCGGGCUGUAGGUUACAUCUAUUUUCCUUUGAAAUGCAUCCGUUUGGCGCCUCCUGACGUAUCUACUUCUCAUGUCCAUUUUAGAAUCGAGUGUGCUGUUAAAGGACUACCAAAACCCAAACUGCGUUGGUUCCACAACAACGUCGAAAUCACUCCCACGCAGGUUCCUUCUCCCAGACAGACCAGCAAGUACGAAGUAGUCGUUGACCAACCUGAUGACAGGCACACUGUCUACGUACACAAUGUGAAUCCUUCGGAUGCCGGAGAGUACAUUGUUCGCGCAGAGAACGAGCUAGGUGUCAGCGCCUGCAAGACGACAAUCAACGUCAAGCCGACUGCAUCUGCGCCCAUCCACUUCUUACGACCUCUGCCGGAAAAGGUUACGGCGCGACCGGGCUACUCAACAACUCUCGAAUGCGAGGUCGAUGCCAUUGCACCGGUGACCUUCAGCUGGUACGUCAACGGACUGGAGAUCGAGAAGACCUCACCCAAUUUCUACAUCUUAGAGGAAGUCAAUCGAAGCACCCUGACCAUCCAGGUAGUCCCGCCGGAGAUGCUUCCAGGAGAGGUCACCGUCGCGGCCCAGACUCCUGAUGGUGCCUCAGUCGUCUCGACAACUAUCCUUCAAAUGCAAGUGGAACCCAGCCCAGAGUUGAGCUCGCCUGACACGACCGAUUUCAACGUGCCACUGCAUUUUACCCAAGCGCUGCCAGAAAUCCAGACUGUUACAAGAUCGCAGUCUGUUCUGAAUCUCGAAGUAGCCGUUUCGCCAACCCCGGUUGCUCCAGUAUUUUGUUGGUAUGUAAAUGGCACCAAUAUCGACCUAAUGCCACCGGACGCCCGACCGCGGGAAGUUCAGAUCGAACUUGUCAGUCCCACACAAAGUAGGAUGAUUAUUACCGAACCAGAUAAGACGAGAAUUCAAGAAGUUACCUGUCAGGCCUUCCGGGCUGACCAGCCUUCAGAUACUGGCAUCAAAACCACCUGCCACCUUAGACCCGAGUCUCAGGAGUUGCCAGAACAACCGGCACAGCAAGCGAGUCCCCUGCGGUUCGUCCAGCCAUUGGAACCCUUGGUCAGCACUGAAGCCGGCAGCACGGUAGUCCUACAGACGACAGCUGAGUCUGUACCAUUGGCCGAGAUUACCUGGGUGGUCAACCAACCGGAAACAGCGCAGAGGUGUGAAAUAAUUCCCCUCAUCGACCAAUCCCAGCCCACGUACACGACCUCUCAGUUGGUACUGCACAAUUUCACUCCGCAGGUCGACGACGGUGUGGUUAUACAGGCCAUAGCACGCAACGCCCAGGGCCAAGAGGUAUCAACUUCUUGUAGUUUGAAAGAGACUCAGCCACAACCCACGGUUGCUCACUUUACCCAGUUGCUUCAACCAGAACUUCAAGUUCCCGAACGCCACCAAGCUGUGCUGGAAUGCACCGUGGAAUCCAGUCAACCGCCUGUCGACUUUAAGUGGUAUGUUAAUGGUCUGGAACUAGGACCCGAAAUGUUCAAGCAGGUUGUCAUCGGUAAGGAACAGUUCCGUUCUGUGCUCAGUAUUGAAUGCGUACAACCCGAGUUGGCGGGUCUAGUCUCUGUGGAGGUCCUCUACCCGCAAGGCAAGCUAGUCAGUACGUGCAACCUGGAGGUCCUUCCAGAGGAGCCGACACGACUUGAAGAGAGCAGGACAACGGUCCAGAUCGCUCGCAAGCCCGCCGAGGAGUUCCAGCCCAUUGAGAUGGAGAUACCCGUAGUGGCCUCCCUCUCGCUCGUUCAGCCUCUCCUCAACCAGACGGUCCAGGCGGGACAGCCGACACUUCUUGCCUGUCAGGUAACAGCUCCGGCAACGGAGCUGUCCAAUGUCAAUGUGACCUGGGCGAAGGAUGGUCAGCAGCUGGAUGAGACGGUUGCGGAGUCGAGCUUCGACGUCACCUCCGGUGUAGCUACGCUUAUCAUAAGGGAGACAUUCCCAUCUGACGAGGGAGUCUACACCUGCGACAUGUUGAGCCAAAACCUAGGUCAAACUGUGCACACAGAGGCCUUCCUGGAGGUUAUUUCGCCAAAGGCGCCGGAGACCGUCAUACAAGACCGACCGCUGCCUGUAACCACGGUAGCUGAACAUCACCCGAAAUCGCAGGAAAUGGAGACGCCACAACAACCGGUUCUGGUGGCAACUCAACCUGUACAACCCCAACAGCCGGAAGAGGAGAGGGGUCCAGAGAGACCCCAGACCAGCGAAAGAAUGAUUGAACUGAAACCGCAACAGGAAUUUCAGCCCGUCUCUGUGGAAAUACCACUUCCCACUGAGAGGCAACCGACUGAGAUUCAACAUACUGAAAUUGUGACUGUCGUGAAGUCGGAAGAGGAGAUCGCUCCAGCACAACCUCAGACGAGCGAACACGUUAUUGAAUUGAAACCACAACAGGAAUUUCAGCCCGUCUCUAUGGAAAUACCCCUUCCCACUGAGACGCAACCGACUGAAAUUCAACAGACUGAAAUUGUGACUGUCGUGAAGUCGGAAGAGGAGAUUGCUCCAGCACAACCUCAGACGAGCGAACACGUUAUUGAAUUAAAACCGCAGCAGGAGUUUCAACCCGUCUCUGUGGAAAUACCCCUUCCCACUGAGAGGCAACCGACAGAGAUUCAACAGACGGAAAUUGUGACUGUCGUGAAGUCGGAAGAGGAGAUCGCUCCAGCACAACCUCAGACGAGCGAACACGUUAUUGAAUUGAAACCGCAGCAGGAAUUUCAGCCCGUCUCUAUGGAAAUACCCCUUCCCACUGAGACGCAACCGACUGAAAUUCAACAGACUGAAAUUGUGACUGUCGUGAAGUCGGAAGAGGAGAUUGCUCCAGCACAACCUCAGACGAGCGAACACGUCAUUGAAUUGAAACCACAACAGGAGUUUCAACCCGUCUCUGUGGAAAUACCCCUUCCCACUGAGAGGCAACCGACAGAGAUUCAACAGACGGAAAUUGUGACUGUCGUGAAGUCGGAAGAGGAGAUCGCUCCAGCACAACCUCAGACGAGCGAACACGUCAUUGAAUUGAAACCACAACAGGAGUUUCAACCCGUCUCUGUGGAAAUACCACUUCCCACUGAGAGGCAACCGACAGAGAUUCAACAGACGGAAAUUGUGACUGUCGUGAAGUCGGAAGAGGAGAUCGCUCCAGCACAACCUCAGACGAGCGAACAUGUUAUUGAACUGAAACCGAAACAGGAAUUUCAGCCCGUCUCUGUGGAAAUACCCCUUCCCACUGAGACGCAACCGACUGAUAUUCAACAGACUGAAACUGUGACUGCUGCCGUGCUAACAGAGCCUAGAGAGGUUAGUGAACACGUCAUCACAGUCCGACCCCAGGAAUUACAGUCUGUGACAAUGAAACUGCAUGGUUCGAAGGAGGAGCAGAAGCCUGUGACGACUACGACAGAGCAGCAGAAGGAAAGUGAGCCUGUACAUUCCGAGGUUAUAUCAACAACUAAGGUCACUACAACGCCCCAAGAACCCGAGCAGGUUAUCGAGACAAUGGAGCUUCCUCAGCCUUCACUUGAACCAGUCACCAUGGUUAUUGAAAAGCCGAAAAUCAGCGAACAGGUAUUCCAACCCGAAGUAUCCGACCAGAAGCUGGAGAUCCUUGAACAGCAGCACACGGAGACGGAGUCAGCGCCACCAGUAACGGAGGAGACGCUUCCAUCUGAGACCUUCCAACCAGCCACAGUGGAGAUCGAUAUCGCCCCGACUGCGCCAGAAGCCAUCCAGAAGGAGGAUCUUCAUCAGGUGGAACUGCAAGUGGCCAGUGUGACGCCUGAAAAACCGGUGGCGCUGGUUCAGCCGGAAGAGGAGAAAGCUGAAACCACUGUGACAGUUUCAGAAACCCAUGAGGUGAGACAAACACAACCGCAACCCCAGCUAUUGCAGCCGGAGAAGACGGAGGUGGUACCUGCUGAGGAAAGACAGGAACUUCCCCGAGCGGUUGAUGAACAGAUCUCAGAGGCGCCCCGAAGCUCACCGGAGAAGACAAUCGCACAGAUUUCGCAGUCAGAUGUCUUGGAGGAGAAGGCUGAAGAGAUAGCGGAGGAGAGACCAGAGGUGCAGGAAGUGCUUCCAACGUUGGAGCAAACUGAAGCGUCCGUGGGAGUCGAGGAAGUUCGGCAGCCCGAAAUUCAGUUAUCAGAACUGACAUUCCUGAAGCCACUGCAGGCAGAAGUCACUGACCAAACACUUGAGUACGUUAAUUUCUUGCCGUUUUUGUGUGAAAACUGUUUACAGCUGAUUGUGACCGAGGAGUCACAAGAGCUAGUUUGGUUUAUCAACUGUCUGGCAUCGCGGAUAGGUCUACUGUCCAUUUGCGAGCAUUUAAAACGCACGAACCAUCGUAGUUUUGCUAUAAGACGGCCGGAGCUGACCUUUCUGAUUGUCACAGGAAAUUUUCAAGUCUGCUCCAACUGUUGGCGGUCGGAACCGCAUGGGUACUGA